UCAAUACCCAAAAAGCCCUUAUGUUUUGUAUCUUAUAAGACCUACCAUCAGCCACCACCGUACAUUACACUACAAGUUACCAUAACAAAGCUAGUUGUGCUUAUAUUUUUGGGUUCAUAGAGUGUUAGUAAUAUAUAAAUAGCUUCAGAAGAAUCAUAUCUCAGAAUCAUCUCUCAGAUAGGAUUUGUUCUUGGCAUUCUCAUCACAGGCAUGCAACUGACCCUUUGAUAUAACUUGAAUGGUUUUUUUUCUUUUUAUAAAGAGCUUAGCGGCGAAACUUGCACAUACUAAGUGUUGAUAAGUGGAGAAUUGCAGUGGCCAUGGCUCCUUUUCCAUCUCUUGUUAAUGUAAUUACAAGAACAAUAUCUUUGAAGAAAGACAAGAGUUAUGGAAAAGAUGAUGAUGCAAGAAAAGUUGUGGAAGCAAUGGCAAAAGAAGCAAGGGAGAAUGAAAUGUUAAUAAGUUCAUCUGGAAUUGUUAAAUCUAACAAGUCCAACAAUUUUUCAUGUGUGUUCACUAAGAAGGGUCAAAAAGGAUUGAAUCAAGACCGCCUUAUUGUUUGGGAGGAAUUUGGAUGUCAAGAAGACAUUAUUUUCUGUGGAAUUUUUGAUGGACAUGGCCCUUGGGGACACUUUGUAGCUAAAAGAGUCAGAAAAAUGUUACCUAGUUUUUUGUUCUGCAAUUGGCAAGAAAAUCUAGCAGAAAAAUCACUUGACAUGGAUUUUAAGAUGGAACCAAACCAUAAGUAUGAUAUAUGGAAGCAGUCCUACAUAAAGACCUUUGCUGCUAUUGAUCAGGACUUAAAGCAACAUACUGGAAUUGAUUCAUUUCAAAGUGGAACCACAGCUUUGACAAUUAUCAAACAGGGUGAAUAUCUCAUUAUAGCAAAUGUUGGUGAUUCUAGAGCUGUCUUAGCAACCACUUCAGACAAUGGCACGUUGACUCAUAUUCAGCUUACGACCGACUUCAAGCCAAAUUUACCAAAGGAAGCGGAGCGCAUAAUGGAAUCAAAAGGGAGAGUAUUUUGUAUGGAAGAUGAACCAGGAGUGUAUAGGGUAUGGAUGCCAAAUGGUAAGACACCAGGACUAGCAAUAUCAAGAGCAUUUGGUGAUUAUUGUGUAAAAGAUUUUGGAUUAAUCUCUGUGCCUGAUGUCACACAAAGAAAACUCACCACUCUUGAUCAAUUUGUCAUCUUAGCAACUGAUGGGGUAUGGGAUGUUAUUUCCAACCAAGCAGCUAUCAAAAUUGUUGCUUCAACACCAAAUAGAGAAAAAGCAGCUCAAAGGCUAGUGAAGUGUGCUACACAUGAAUGGAAACGUAAGAGAAAAGGCAUUGCAAUUGAUGAUAUAUCAGCUAUUUGUCUCUUCUUUCACUCUGCUCCUUCACAUGGAACCACUAAAAUUGUUGUAUGAGAAUGAUGCAUGGUUCUGCUUCCUUUACUACACAAUGUAUAAGCUUUUAUGUGCUUGUACAAUAAAAAUAAAAAUAAAAAUAAAAAAACAUCUCCUAGCUCUAGUCUUAGACUAUUCUCCCUCCGUCCCAAAAUAUAAAAGAAAAUUGGUCAAAAAAAGUUGAUGUGUUUGGUUAAAAAUUUGGACUAAUUAUACAUCAACUUUUGUUGACAAUUUUCCCUUAUAUUUUGGGACGGAGGGAGUAUUUUACAUGUCACUUUUAGCGAAACUUUUGUUCUCAGGAUAUAUUUUCUGAUUUGGAUCUUCGGUAAGUUCUUACAAUUUUGCACUUAAAAGAUGUCUUAAUUAAUGUAUUGAAAGAAUGAGAUAUGUAACUAUUUUUGCCUUAUUCCUAAAUAAAUAUGAGAUUUUUUACGUA